UUCAUAAUCCUGCUUGCAGUAUUGUGGUGUUAACAUCAGGCCACAGCUCUGAGGAAGAAGAUAAAGUAAAAGUUAUUGAUCCACCUGUCAUGACCAUUAAAGAGCACAGAAGUGUAAAAUGCAUUCCUGACAUUAAGACAGAGCCUUUUGAAAGUAAUUUAGAAAGUCCUAAGCAGGAACUGCUGAACACAGAGGAAGUGUCUACAAAAUCCGACAUCAAUAUGGGGACCUCUGCAGGAUCCAAAGAGGUACCAGAGAUUAAAGAAGAGAGCACAUUGGAAAGAUGUGCUUCAAAAAGAGCACAUUCCAAGGAUGUGGAAUCCAAUUUGAGCAAUGAUAAAAAAGAGGGAGAAAUGUACAUAGGAAAACGAGUGCGCAAUGACUCUGAAACCUGCAACAAAGACUCCUCAGUCAACAUCCCAUUACUGGAUGGCUGGGUGGAUGUCCCCCCACAAUCACCACUGUCUCCAUGUGCCAAAGAAGAGCAAGCAAAAAACUCAAAUACAGAACACAGUGUUUCUGAUGCUGCCAGAGUGCUACGUACAGCAUUUAUCUUAGCCAGAAAAGAAGAAAUUGAGCUGGCAUAUGCUCAGGAUUGUCGUGCCUUUGCUUUUGUGGCCAACAAGUUACUGAAAAAGGACCCAUCGUUGGAAACUGCUGUGGCAAAUGCUCUUCAGUCCACCUUGCAAGAGAUUGCGGGGAGCUGUGUGCAUCAGCUUAGCUCCUUUAUAGAUCGUUAUGACAUGGAAUGUAAUUUACUUGUAGACUCCAGUAUUCAUGAGACAACAGACUAAAAGGGGUGUCUUUCAAAAUGCAAUAUUGUGGUCCCUUGUUAGGACAGCCACAGAGUUUUCAGUAUGUUGUUUUCUUAGAGAUAUUGACAAACACUAUUGAACAUUUAAUAAUGUGUAAUUGUUGGUUUUCAACAUAUGAUUUCUUAUGUACCAAGUGCCUUUAUUCUGAGAGCCUCACAAGCCAUUCACUUAAGUGCUGGUUUCAUUUUAUGAUUCAUAGUAUACAAACUACUGAAAUAAACAGAAAAUCGAGGGGUCUUUCUUAGUAUUUUUA